CCAUUGCAACUGUGCUGCAAAGACGCGUCGCACGUGAAUAAUAUUCUCUAUUAUAUUUAAUUAUUUAAUUAACGAAAUUACUAUAUUUUCAUUUGAUUUCUUCCGAAAUUUCUAAUAAAACGGUGAUAAUCAUGAGCGACCGACCGAGUAACGGUGAAUAUAAAUAUCAAAGGGACGAAAAUACCGAUUCAAAGGUAAGAACAUCGUCUGAAAAGGACCGCGAUGAAAAGGAGCAUCAAGUUGAUAAGGCCGGGGAAUAUGUCCGGGAGCUUCUGCAAGAAAAAGUUGAAUUGGAUUCGCAGAAAUGGCCUAAUGCAACCAGACUAAUCGAUCAAGAAAUUCAAAAAACUCAAGCUAUUGGAAAACCAGUUAGGGAUCCAAAAUACGUGGAUAUUUAUCGUGAAAAACCGAUUCGCGUUUCGGUUAAAGUAUUAGUACCUGUUCGGGAGCAUCCAAAGUUUAAUUUUGUUGGAAAAUUAUUGGGACCGAAAGGUAAUUCUAUGAAACGUUUGCAAGAAGAAACCAUGUGUAAGAUGGCAGUAUUGGGAAGAGGAUCUAUGAAAGAUCGUCAAAAGGAAGAAGAAUGCCGUAUGUCUCUGGAUCCGAAAUACGCACACCUAUCAGACGAUCUACACGUCGAAAUAACAGCGCUCGCGCCGCCAGCAGAGGCUUAUGCGCGUAUUGCGUUUGCUUUGGCCGAAGUUCGAAAGUACCUAAUUCCUGAUAAUAACGAUAACAUACGCCAGGAGCAAAUGCGUGAAAUGGAAAUGAGUAUGGGGGAUGAUCCAUCAAGUGCCGACGACAGAAGACCUUCUGUGAGAGGUGUGCCAGGUGGUGGUGGUGGUGGUGGCGGUGGUGGUGGUAUAUUAAGGCCGACUGCAAGACCUACGAUGCCUCGAUCUUCACGAACGGCGAUACUACCUCCGCCUUCCAGUCGUGGACCUGUUUCACGUCCUGUGUCAGCGAAAAGCAAAGUAUUUUCUAUCUUGGAUCGUGCUAGAGUCGCCAUGGAUCAAAGUUAUGGUUAUGAGACUGCUACUCCACCUCCGAGCAAUCGCGUUGGAUCACAUCACGAUUACGAUUACCACUCAUCGACAGGCAGCAGUAGCAGAUAUGGAGACCGGCAUUAUACAUCGGGCUCAGGAGAUGAUAUAUAUCCUUCCUCGAGGUACACAACUUACGAGUACGAAGACGACUCUGUUCCGCAUUCUUCGCACGACUACUACGAAACGUCUGAAUAUCCAGAGGAAUCAUCGAGCCGCGCAUGGAAAUCGUACAAGACGACGACGACAUCGGGCUCAAGCUCGCGCUACCGCAACGCUCCGUAUUCACGACCUUCCAACUCUAAACCGUUGACGUGUAAUCUUCCUAACUCACGACGUCCUGUGGUGCCUGCGAUGCCAAAACAAAUAACCGAUCGAGAUCGUCUUUAAAUGAAAACGGAGGUACGGAGAGACUAACACGGUAAACGAUAC